UUUCCUACCUUGAUUAAGUAAUAUCUGUGUUAUUCUUCAAUCGAUUGAAAACAUCAGGCACUCGCUGUUUACAAGCCAAUGUUUGCUGCUCGGAAGCAGGUUGCAACGAGGGGAAAAAAUCUAUUAGCUGGAAUUAACUGCCUUCUAGAACGUGAUUUUAAUAGUGAAAAUUGAAAUAGUAAAGUACUGUUCCUGAGUUAUUUUGAAGGUUGUUGACGACUUUUUAAAGGUAUGUGAAUAUACCAAGCAUGGUGGCUUGGUCGUCUGUGUUUAUACCUGACGGGAGCAGUCUGUCGUCUGACGGUUCGGACAAGCAGACGACAAAAGGCGCUUUCACGCUUGAGGAGACGCUCCGUUGUUACGUCUGUGAGGAAUACUUCACCAAGCCGCGCGUGCUGCCGUGUGGCCACAGCUACUGCUCCUCAUGCAUCCUGCAGCUUCGCGAGAACGCGCUUGCGGAGUUCAACAAAUCACGUGAUCAGAACGCGCACCGGCGCGGGGAGUGUGGGUUCUUCACGUGUCCUUGGCCUAACUGCCACUAUUCGAUGCGGAUCAUGAACGUCUACCGCUGGACGCUCCGAAACAAAGCGCUCGCCACUGCCGUCGCCGCUGCUAAGAAACGGGAAAGUGAAAGAGAGACGGUCUCACUGCAGACGGAUGUGGACUGGUCGCAGACCAUCGUCUCAAUCUCAUCUGCUGUGAUGAAUCCCCUGGGCAAACGUCACAGGCGCCACGUGCCCACCAAGACGACACCGGAAGUGCUCUUCCAGCACUUGAUCCAAAACACGGUGUCCGUGGACAGUAUCUCGGACAGCAAACACUGUCGUCUGCCAUGGAAUAAAAAUGGCGGGAAAACGUCAUGGGCGUCAUAUGUGUUUUUGUUCGGUAUGACGAUCGUAGACCAAUCCUUAAAACCCUAGUAGGGUUAAUUAUAUUUACUUUAUAAAUGUGAUUCAUGCUUUGUUGAUGAGGGUAAAUUCACUAAACCGUUCAAGGAAUCUUCACACAUCACAACCAUUCUUUGCACGUUUCAAUGAUUCAACAAUGUUGCAUCCAACCACAGUGUACAAAAAGUGUGUUCAUAAUAUUCACACCCCUCCCAAUUUAGGACCAUCCCACUGGUCUUUUGAGACACAUUUAUGCACAUCCCGAUUCAUAUCCUAUAUGCCAGGCGCCUGGCAGAAAGGCAACCGGUACCCAUUUAUUUAACUAGCUAUUAGGACAGCAACCGUCCAUAUCAGAACACGCCCGUCCUAAAUCUAUGUAAAACUUUAUUUGCAUCAAAUUGAUCAUUUCCUCGACGAUCAAAGCCUAAACACAGGCUGGCACAAUAACCUAUAUCUUGAUUACUGAGAACAUUUUCGAAACAACAGUAAUUAAGAAAAUAUGGGUGUUUGUGUCCAGAUUAUGCAUCAAUAUAUAUAUUCUUAGGCUAACUAUUUACAGACAACCAAUUGAAUUGCCAGAAAUUCAUUCCACAAUUUCAUUCCAGUUGUCAGCGCUCCUUUCAUUUCGCGUGUACCUCCGUUUAUUUCGCGUGCACCUCCGCUUAUUUCGCGUGGUCCACCGUUUAUUUCGCGUGCACCUUCAUUUAAUUCGUGUGCACCUCCGUUUAUUUCGCGUGCACCUUCGUUUAAUUCGCGUGCAGCUCCGUUUAUUUCGCUUGCGCUUCCGUUAAUUUCGCGUGCACCUCCGAUAAUUUCGCGUGCACUUUCGAUAAUUUCGCGUUCACUUCCGCUAAUUUCCGGCGUGCACCACCGCUUAUUUCGCGUGCACCUCCGUCAAUUUCGAGUGCAUCUGUGAACAUAUCGUCUCGAUGGUAAAUUGAAACCAUCAUAUAUGUAAAAAAAGAAGCAAAAGCGUCGCGGAGCGAAUGCUAAUCUGUUCUUUAUUUCAUUUGAACAAGGGAAAUAACUCAAUAAUUCUUCAUGAUCGAAUUAUGGACAUUACUUUAUAUGUUCAUUUUGUCUCCGAAAACAUGCGUGUAAAUUUUAUUUAAAGAUAUCGAACGUCUGUUUCCGUAAAAAAAAAACAUGAGCUAAAAAAACGUAAAGCUUUCUAGUCCAUCAUUUAAUUAACAUCGAAAUUUAGAGUGAACGCCGUCAAUGUUCAUUAAAUCUAUCAGAAAGGACACUGGAACUAUGGAAUACAUGUAACGUUUGAUGUCAAUGUGUAGUAUUGUUUCAUGCUCUAUAAUUUGGUAUGAAGUUGUGAUUCAUUUUUAACAUUUGUCUACAUGUCAUUAAAGCAUUUUGUCAUUCACUCAGUGCUUGUGAAUUUCUGUGAAAGUUUUUUCCCCUGUUAAGGAAACAUUUCUCAUAGUUUAUUGUACAGUAGAUAAGAUUCUAUUGCAUUUUGUCAGACUUCAUGUUGCUCUAUUGUUUGUAGAUAAAUUCACAAUAAAUGUGGUAAAAUGUUA